UGUCUUCUCUUCUCUCCUCUUCUUCUUCUAACUGUGUUUUUCACUCUCUCCCUAUCAACAUGGAUAUCUGCCACAAUGCAUCACUUUCUACCCUUGAUGAUCUUUUCCCUCCUCACAACAUGGAAGUGGAUUUUGGGAUGGAGUGGUUAUCAGUAUUUGUUGAAGAAUGUUUUUCAAGUCAAUCUUUUUCUAGUCCUCAAAUUCAAACAACAAAUACCAACAAAAAUCCUUCUAACACAAUACAAAAACCUCAACAACAACAAAAUCAAUAUUAUUUGCAUAAUUUUGUUGUUCCUAGAAAACCAAGAAGUAAAAGAAAAAGACUUUCAUCUCCAAGAAAAAUUUGGUCCCAUUCAUAUCCUCCUCUUUUAAAACAAACAUAUUGGUUAGUCAAAAGCGAACUUGUUAGCCCUAAUUUAAAAAUCGAGUCAGAAGUCUCUACAGUUACGUGCAGAGAUACUUCAGUUUAUCGGAAAGACAAAAAGAAUCAAAAUGAUGAUGAUGAUGAGAAGGAAGAUGAUGGAAAUGCAAGAAGGUGUAGUCAUUGUUUGUCACAAAAGACACCACAAUGGAGGGCAGGGCCAUUGGGGCCAAAGACAUUAUGCAAUGCAUGUGGUGUGAGGUAUAAGUCUGGUAGGUUGUUGCCAGAGUAUAGGCCAGCAAAGAGUCCUACUUUUGUUAGUUACUUGCAUUCUAAUUCACAUAAAAAAGUUUUGAAGAUGAGAAUGCAAUCUAAUUAAGUACAAGUUAGUUAGUGAUUAGUCAAGUGGUUUUAUUAGUAUGCAUUUUUUUUCUUAUUUUUGUUGGAAUUAAGUAACAAAAUAUGAUGAGAUAGAUUAUUAGUGAAGUGGUUACUAUAUGUUUGGCUAAAUAUGUUUUUUAUUUUUCCUUUUCUUUUCAUGAAACAAUAAUAGGUGGAAGUAAAUCAUGGUUUGAUGUUUG